AUGGCUUCCACACCAACAAGCGCGCAUGUGAAGAGAUCGCCAUCAUCCCCAGUAAAAAGCUGCACAAGAUUGCUGGGUAUGUCACACAUCUCAUGA